AUGGAAUCAGCUACCUUGCCCGGUACUCGGCCGUCCUCUUGCCUACCUCGACAAGGAUGGUCCCGACUACCAUCCCCAUCCAACGCGUCUCCAGUCACGCCUGCUGCCGGCCCCUCACACCAGACAAACCAGCGGUACGACUCCGUUGCCGAAGACCCGACCGCAUAUCGUGCCACGGCUCUGCGCCAGCUGAACGGUUCCCGGAGGCCUGCAUCCCAUCCUGUCCCAGUUGAUAAUCCCUCCCGGCGCUCGUCGACACCCCCGACGCGCCCGGUGCUUGUCAGGGCGUAUUCGGGCGAUGCGCAGGAUAGAUCUACACCACCGCCUGCUAUGUCCGCGCGUCGGUUCCUCUCGUUCUCCAGCUCGAGAAGCUCGGCUCCACCUCGUCCCUCUCAAUCAGAUGUCAUGUUCCCGACCGAUAAGCACUUCAGCAUCGAGAGUAUACUGCAAGCCAUCGAGCCCGAUAUCCGUAGCACUUUAGACUCGAUUGCUGAGAUCUGUGGGCGGAGCAAGCUGAGUCUUUCCAAUGAGUAUGGGAGUCACAUCGCGCCUUUAGGUGAGAUUUGUGCUCCGUCGGCUGCGCUGGGACCUGUCGAGGAGGCUGGGCCUAAUGAGGAACGGUGUGCGGAUGACAGCAAUGCGGUCAUUGUUGACGACGAGGCCAGUCCGAUUGAUCCAGCUCAUAUGCAUCCAUUCUCGUUUCAUCGGUAUCUAGAAAAUCUGCGACAGACUGCGUCUAUGCAGGAACGAAAUCCUACGCCGGGUCAAGCAACUCAGGGACAACCUCCUCCAGUACCUCCAGGCAUGGACUCUGAAGCCGAAACUGUUUUGGCUAUUGCCCCGGAUACCGCACCCUCGAGCCCCUUCAUACGCGAAUUCGCAUCAAGACCAAAGCAUAGCGGACGUGAUCUACUCGGAAAAAAUGCUACUGCUGGCAGUGGCGAACAGCAGUCAUCUCAGAUGGCCACUCCCGCUGUAGUGUCAGAGGUUCAUCUAGAGGCGAUUGCAAAUGACGGGUCCUCCGCAGAAUCCAAUAUUAUCCCACUACCAGCUUCGAGCGGCGAUGGUCCGCCCGCUAUAGGAAGCUCGGGUCCGGAAAUCAUACAAUCUCUCCUUGGCUGGCUGAAGUGGACUGCCACUAUCGCUGGGCCAGAAUAUAGCCCUGCUUUGCAGUCCGCGGAGGAUCGGCUACGAGCCAUGCUUGAUCGUUCAGGGAAUGAGGGUGCGCCCUGA